AUGAACUGGUCAGGGUCCCCGGAAGACAACACGCAUCUCCUCAAGAACCAGCUUGCCACCAAAGAUUCACAACUCGCCGCCAAACAGACAGAACUCCUCCGACGCACAGCAGAACUCGACGAAACUAGGAGCACCCUCAACGAAACCCAGAACAAACUAAACCAAGAAACUACGAACCUGAUCAACUUGGAGGCCAUUCUAACCAAAUGCAGAGAAGACCUCCAAACUGAGAAACUUGCAUCUCAGAAUGCGGUGUCGGCGCUGGUCUCCGCGCAAGAGAAGCUGAAGGAGAAGGAGCUUGACAUGCGGGGGCUUGAACUCAACCUUGAGACUAUUUCGCAUACGUCCACCACCACCAACGCACGGACACUGAAACUCGAGAAGGAGAAGGCAACAUUGGAGAACCGCAUUAGAGAGCUUGAAGUCAACCUACGCGAACCCCCACCAACCAACACCCCCGCUAGGUCCCGUGCCCCAUCCCGUCGUCGAUCAUCUUCCGUUUCCGACACUCGAAUAAGCACACUGGAGCGAGAGUUGCAAGAAACAAGAGCCUCAUUAACUCAGAAGGACGCCGAAAUACGAGCAACUAGCGCAAAGCUUGCCCAAACGCAGACAAACCUCGUUCGCGUUGAGAACGAGAAAGUGGCCGCGGAUAAACGGUUCAUGUCGCAAGUCAACGAGCUCCGGGCAGAGUUGCGUGACAAAGAAGAGGAACUUGGUUUCCUUCGAGAUCAACAAGGGGAGUCUCGAGAGGCUGAACUCAUUCAACGCAUCGAUGAAGACGAGGCCAAGAUUGCCGCAUUAGAGAAAUUGCUAGGCGAGGCCCCACGAACACAAGCCCGUUUACAACAGCAGCUGUCGGAAACUUCCAAACGAGCAUUGCAGUUAGAGGAAGACAACAUCGUGUUGAUUCGGGAGAGGGAAGAGGCAUUGGACGAAAUCGGCGCUCUGCGGGCUCAGAACACAGAGCUUUCAGCAGUCAUACGUGACAACGGGGCUUCAACCGCUCAGAAAAGUACACCCAACGAACAAAAACUUGUUAACGAGGUUGAGCGUCUCUUGGAAACCGCAACGCGUCUUCGGGGCGAACGGGAUCAACUUCGCAGACAUAUUGAGUUCAGAGAAGUCGAAGUCAGGUUCAACGAUGAGGCCUUUCUCUCCCGCAUCGCGUCACUUGAACGGGAAGCAAUGGAGUCGGAGCUCCCAGCCGAGAUACUUUCGCUACAGGAGCGACUGGAGAGGUCGACCGCUGACAAACUGGCUAUUCUCGCUGAGAAGAAUGAAGAGAUACGCCGAGUGGGCCGUGCAGCUAUGGCCUCGGCCAUUGUUAUUGAGCACUUGCGCUCGCAGAUGGGAGUUACUGCCCAACAAUUCCUUAACGCCUCAACAUCUUCGGAAGGUGCCCGUGGACGGCUUCGGGACACUGACCUUGACUUCCCGCCUUCUCGGAGGCACUCCAGCGAGUUGAAUACCCGACAAUUGAUGUUCGACGACAAUACAACACAAGACCGUCUAAUGCACCUGGAAUCCCAAAUAACCGACUUGUCACGUGCAUUAGACGACAUUACCACCGAACGCGAUUCCCUCAACCUCCAAGUCACGAACCUCAGUAGGGACGUCGAGGUAGCAAAACGCGAAAUCACGGAAGGCGAAACGCGUUAUAGCGAGCUUCAAUUCCACCAGUUGUCGUCAAUGACCGUGAAUGCUGCAACACAAGCGUUACGCCAACAACUCGAAGACCAGAAGCAACGCGUCUUGCGGCGAACAGAGCUUGUUGGAAUUCUUCAGCACGAUAACGAUAGAAUCGUUACAAACAUGAAACUCCAGGAAGAGCGUCUUGUCGAGUUGACAUCCGAACUGGAAUUGCUUGCUGCCCAGAAAGAUGCGAUGGUGGAAGAUUGUGCGGAUGCUCGUCAUGCAAGAGAUGUUGCGGUUGGCCGGGUGGAUGAACUUGAGAUUGAGAUGGAGGCAGUCGAAACCCGACUAUUCAAGGCAGACAGUGCAGUGGAAGCCAUGGUCGGCGUCGUGGUGGACGCAAUGUCGCGAUCACGUGCUUCUAGGCGACACGCUGAAGAAGUUGCAGCUGAUCAAAUUUCCCAUCUCCAAACAACAUGGGAAGCGGCGGAACAGGAGUGCAAGCGACUCCAAAGCGAUGUCAACCGUUUGAACGAGCAACUUUCUCUGAAAGACCAAAUGAUUGCUGACAACGAUCUGGAAGGCGAAAUCGCGCAGCUGCGUGUCGCCCAUGUAGAGGAACUAGGCAAUCUUCAGAGGCAGAUUGUGGAGGCGAACAGCUCGCUGGAAGAAACACGAGCGCGAUGUGAUGCUGCAGAAGCCAAUUAUCGCCAAGCCCUAGCGGAUUCCACUAAUUCCAAACAAGAACUCGAGGAUGCUGCUGGAAGUGCUGCAGAAGAGGCCCGCAACUUCAAGCUAGAGCUAGCUCGACUGGGAGAAGAACAUGUUGCGGCUCUGAAGGAGCUCCAAAAUCAACUUUCUUCCGCUGUUGUCGAAUCCGAGAACGCCCGCGCUGCCCACCAGACUUUGGAUGGCGUACAUCAGCAACUUGUCAAGCAAUUGACCGAAACUCGCGAGACUGGCGAAGCCUCUCAAACACGCCUGGAAGAGUUGGAAGACCGUGUGGCUGAGCUUGACGCCCAACUCGAGGAGCAAACGACGCGAUGUGAUGCGUUAAGCGAAGAAGCAGAUGCCUUGCGAGACCAGGUACAGCAGGAAAUGGAGCUACGUGCGGAGGAGAAAAUGAGACUGGAGGAAUCCAUUCAACAAGCGGACGGUGAACGCGAAAUCGCAGAGGGCAUCUUGGAGGACAUAAAGCAAGAGCUUUCCGACACUUCGGCUGAGCUUGCCCGAACUCGACUGGACCUGGACGCUUCACAAGAAGAGAAAGGAUCACUGCAAGAGGAAGUCACUCUCAUUCAGGCAGAGAAACAACGCAUGUUGUCCCUCCAACGGCAUCUCGAAGGCCAAGUAAAAGAAAGGGAAUCGACCGUUGCCAACUUGGCUGCAGAAAUCGAGCAACUCAAGGUUCAGUUCUCGCGCGUUGACCAAGCCUGCAAGGCCGCCGAAUUCGAAUUAAGCUUGCAAGGACCUCAACAUCGUCGUGAAAUAUCAGAACUUCAACGUCAAGUUGCUGCCUUACAAGCGCAACCGGACAUGGAAGCCAUGGUUGUCGAUUUGGAAGAGAGCAAUCGGGAGAAGGACGAUUUGCUGAAGAGGAAGAAUGCAGAGCUCGAGGAGUAUGAUGAGCGAGCCAUUGAGAUUCUGACGGUCAACAAAAAAUUAUCAGAAAAGGUGGAAAGCUUAACGCGGAAAAUUCAGAAGCUGCAGGCCAAGGUUGAUGCUGCUAAAGCUGCGCGAGAGUCACCACCCAUGAUGGCCCCUCCUCGACAACGCACGAAUACAUUUUCCUCCAUUGCCUCUACCGCUCCCUCAAUAUCAUCACUCCCGAGCGUUUCUUCGAUGAUGUCUAUGCCGACAGUCCCACCGGUUCCGCCUAUUCCUACGCAUAUCCCCCGCAGUCCAGCUCGUAGUCGUGUUGCAUCUGGUUCGAUAAUACCACGGCCAAAAACCCCAGAAAGGAAAUCUAUCCCGACGGUAUUUCGCGCAAAGACUCCAGAGCCCAUGGUACCCCGAGUGAAGACGCCAGAACGGAGGCCAGUUUUCGUUCCGCCUUCACCUCCUGCGCCAGUAUUGGGCCAGAAGCGACGAGCACCUGACGACUUUGAGAAUAUACAUGUGCCGACGCAGGGGUUCACUGUCGACAGCCUUCCGGAUGAUGGCACACCGAGAGUACGACGCGCUCACCCUGGUAGUGGAUUUACUCCUGUUCGGCGAGCAGACCCGUCGCCCCGAAUAGGAUCAAGACCGGCGACACAUAUCGCUGAUGUCACCAAUAGUCCACGACUAGAUUCGACUGCGAAGGCGAAACGGAGCUGGCUGGGCAGGAUAAAGGGCUCGACGACGACAGGCAGGCCAGUGUCGAGAGAGUUAUGA